AUGCACCAUGCUGCUCCCUUGGAAGGCCGGCUGAGCGAUGCAGCGGCGAAGGCAGUGAACGAGCUGUUGUCGUCGGGCGCCGGCGGCAACCUGAGCAGCCUCUCUUCCUGGGCCGACAAGGUCAGGUUCAGGGGACUGCAAGGACGAGGAGGGCGUCAAGGUCCACUGCGUUGCUGGUGCCAUCAACAACUACACCUCCCAACUCCUCACCUAGGGAUCAUCAUCGCCAUCACCAUCUUCUAA